CUGGUGAUAAUAUUGAACUAAACCCACAAGAUCACAAAACCAUUGGUUCAAUCGUUUGUGCCUAAAAUAUCUUGACCAAUAUUUUCCAGUUUUUUUUAAAAAAUUUUGUUUAAUCCUUUUUAUUUUAUUUUCCAUUAUUACUUUCCACUAAAGAAAAUAAACACGAUGGAGUCACACGAUGAAUCUACGGUAUACCCUCAGCAACCCGCCGAUAUUCACACAGGCGAUACAACAGUGCUGACCAACCACGCAAUACUGGAGCUCACCAGCAAGCAUAUCCACGUAUACAAAGUAGAAAUAACAAACCUCGACGCCAAAUCCAACCAAACAACAAAUGACACAGGAACGGAUAAUCGGCAAGUUAAGGAGACAGAUCUUCGGCAGGAUAUUUUCAAAAAGGCGUUUAAGGACACUCUGCUGGUUUUUGACUCGAGCGAUUAUGCAUAUUCAUCCAAAAACCUGCACAAAAAAUGGCCGACCAUCAUGGAAAACAAAAACAGCAGCACGGCAGAACUCGCACGUACGGCUACGCAUGACGGGCAUGAUUUCCGAGUAAUUCUUCGGCACUUGCGCACAUACGAGCGCAAAGUGCUCCUGCAACACUGCCAGCAAGCCAACAGCAACACCAAGGGAAAGAAGGGGGACGAGGUUGUUGGAGACGGGUAUAUCCAAGGGAUGCUUUUUGCCUUGGACAGUAUAGUGCGCAGCAGCCUGCGUGUAUUCGAGGACCUGGACGGCCACCAGGUGGAUCCAUCCAACAGUAUAGCAACUGACCGCGGGUUCGAUAUCUGGUGGAUACACCGGUUGACUGUGCGCCCCGGGUGCAACCACCUUUACCUCAAUAUCAGCACCAGGGGCGCGCCUAUCAGCAACCAACCGGACCUCUACGCGCUUGCCCAGCAGCUCCUCGGAUCCGCCCAGGACCUCACCCAGCAGCGUGGGGGGUGGUGGCCAGGGUUUGAGCUAACAAUUCGUGGUCUCCGUGUGCUCACUCCCGAAGCUACCCAACCAGUACAAGUACGUUCGCUUACCCGGAACACCAUGCAUAGCUGCACUAUCAACGGGGAAUCACUCGCAGAGCAUUACCAGAAGACAUACGGGUUGGACGCGGGGAAUCCCGGAAUUCCCUGUGUGGUCACGGCAUCAGGCGCCACGGUACCGUUGGUGCACUGUCGGUUGGCGCAUAGACAGCGGCUUGGUGUCUUGGAGGGCGGCGCACUGCGGGCAAUUAUGGGGGCAACAGUGAUGCCGCCCCAGUGGCGCGUCCAGGUGUUGCGCGCGGUGCUCCUAAAACUGGGUGACAAGGCGCAGAAUCAAGGGUUAUCGAGGGUCGCCGAUAUGGGGAUUAAAAUCCACACGGAGCCGGCGCACUUUCCGGCCACGCAGCUCCAGGAACCAAAGCUUUUGGCGCAGAAUAGUCGGCCAGUGCGAAUCCAGGGCAGUGGUCGAAGCUGGACACUCGGCCCACAGCAGCAGCAGCAGCAGCAGCAAAAGGGAGGAAAGGAUGGGGGUGCCUUGGGGGUGUACACUGGCGGGCAGCUGUACUCCUGGGCGGUACUCUUGCUGGCACCGCAGGUGGCGCAGGCGCAGGCACAGCAGCUCGUUGCGCAGCUUACCAAGGUAUGUGCGGAGCUCGGGAUUGCCGUGCAUAAUCCCAGGCCGCCGAUCCACCGGUGCGCGCCACAAGCCAACCUGGCACAAGCCAUGCAACAGGCCAUCAGCCUAGCAGCAACCACGGCUGGAGGCAAAGUGCCUUGUCAGUUGCUCCUCUGUGUGCUGCCGUCGACGUCGACGGCGCUUUAUGGCGAAGUCAAGCGGCUGGCAUAUACACAGCUGGGCGUGCAGACUCAGUGUCUGCAGGCUAGCCACUUGUUGCGUGCGCAUACGCCGCGGCUACUCGGGAUGCUCGCGCUCAAGAUUAACUUGAAACUAGGCGGUACCACCACGCGUCUGGACACACCGCUUCUUUCCGAUCAGCCCAAUAGCGUACCAACGAUGAUUAUCUCUGCGGAUGUCAGCCAUACGACAGAGGCAGGUGGCAUGUCGGUGGCCGCCGUGGUGGCCUCAAUGGACCUUUGUGCUGGCGGUGGCCGGUUCCAUGGUACUGUAUUGCAGCAGCCGGAGAAGCUCGAAUAUAUAGAGAAUUUCGACACGGUGAUGCGCCACGCCCUGCGUGUUUUUUACCGCGAGACUGGUGGGCGGAAACCAGAGAGGAUUAUUUAUUAUCGCGAUGGCGUUAAUGAUAAGCAAAUGGCUGUGGUGAAGCAGCUGGAGCUGCAGGCUAUGUACCGCGGCUGCGCCCUGGUGGAUCCGCAGUACCGCCCGCAGAUCACGCUGAUUUUGGCGCGCAAACGGCACCACGCGCGCUUCCUACCAGGUGGUGACAGCGAGGCAGAGGAGGCUGGCGAUGAGGCUGGCGGCGCGAGGGUGCUGGCCAAUUGCCCGCCAGGCACCGUGGUCACCGCUGGAGUCUGCCAUCCGGGCAUCUUCAGCUUCUUUCUUUUGUCGCACCAGUCCGUGCACGGCGUCAGCAAGCCGACAUACUACGUGGUGGCGCACGAUGACAGUCAGCUGGAGCCCGAGGCGUUGCGCACGCUGACGUACCACUUGAGCUACGCGUACGGCAUUACGACGCGCCCGGUAACGAUGCCGGCUUCGCUGUACUAUGCGCACAGGCUGACUGGAAAGGGCCGCCUGCAGCUUAACCACGCGUUUGACGAGCUGCCGCGGUUUAAUCGGGCAUCGGGAGCGGGCUCGGCCAAGGCCUUGAAGCGGCAGCAGGCGAAGAGAGAGUACUAUUUGGUCAAGGUGCACGAGAACCUGCGCAACACAAUGUAUUUCAUGUGAGCAAAUUAGAAAUAAAACAAUUAAAUCAACUUAAUCCAUUUGGUA